UCGGAUGUCCCUACUGUGGCCGAGCGGAAGGAAGAAUCUGCUGACGUUUCUCUCGCAAGGGAGAGAAGUCCAGAUAAGGAGAUGGUGGAUCUCACCGAGGCUCACAUGGAGGUUCCCGAAGCUGAGAAGGAGGUCCCUUCUGCUGAGAAGGAGCAACCCGAGCAGGGUCUGACGAGGAAGAGGCGCCACUCGACCUUGGGCUCUACUUCGACCUCGGCCCUGGAUAGACUGAUCCACGCUGACCCUUGCUCGGAUGUUCCGCUGAAACGGAUCCCCGAGGAGGUAAGGGAGGCGAUGGCUCGCUAUGCUAGGGCUCCGGUUUUGGGGGAGAACCCCAUGGCUCACGUGGGAUCUUUGGUGGGUCCCGAAGCUGCACGGGAGAAUCUUCUUCGGGCCAACCCGCAGUGGAGGGUUCCUGGAGCUGAGGAGAGGAACCCAGCUAUGAUGGCUCAGUAUUAUCUGAAUGAGGCUGUUUUCUGGUCCUCGUUCGCUUCCGAGUGUAGCUCGGUUGAGGAGAGGCAGUUGAGGAGGUAUCAGGAGGCUUAUGCUCGUGAUAUCCCUGUCUUGGACCAGAAGGCUGGGCAGCUCAUGGCCGAGAUGGUGGACCUCAAGCUACUGUACCUUCAGUACAGUCGUGAGGCUAGGGAAUCGGCUGAGCAGAUCGGGGCCGAAGUUGGGAGGCUUACUUUCCGAGUCGAGGAGGAUGCUGAAAAGAUAGCUUCCUUCGACAAGGAGAGGAAAGAAAUGGCUGCCAAGUUUGCGAGCGAACUUGAAGAAAAAGACAGUCUUCUCAAGGAGAUGACGUCUAAAUUUGAGGCGGCCAUUAAGCAGAGCCAGGAAGCGGAGGCGAGGCUUCAGCAGUUUGUCAAGAAUCGGGAGAUUGUUCAGAACCAAGCUGACAAGGUGCCCGUUCUCCAGCUGAAGAUCCGAGAGAAGGAUGCUGCCAUUCGGAAACUGGAGCAAGAGAGAGUUGACCUCUACACUGCUGAUCAGUGUAGGGAGCAAUACUGGAAUGGCAUCCUGGGCGCUCGGCGGAUGUUCGCGAAGCAUAUGCCUCAUUUCCCUUGGAAUGAGAAGGUUCCGCUCUGGAUGAGGGCCCAGGAUCACUUGGUGGAGUGCCAGGCCGAUCGGGACGAAGCUGAAGCUGAACGCCAAGCUGCUCUAGCAGAGGCUCGGGCCCAGAAGGCGACUUCCGAAGGUGAUACUACUGCUGGGGGUUCUUCGAAGGAUGCUCCCCUGGGGGAUGCUCCUGAGACUCCCAAGAGUUAGGGAUUCGGGCAGUCGUCUUCUUCAGAGUCGGUCGGUUCCAGUUGAGGACUUCCGAACAUGUGCUUGCCUUUCCCCCUUUUGCCUCGGCGCUGCGUUGUACUCAUUUCUUUUUGCUUUCUUAGUACUUCGGUAGGCCGGUAUUGUCUGUUGAUGGCUGCCGAUUUUAACUGUUUCAUUUUGUUUUCAAUUUUUGAGGUUUUCAAUGUAUUUGUACUUCCCCCAAAUAUUGAAUAAAAAAUGAAUGUUUGUUA